AUGUGACGUCAUUCAGUUGGAUGUUUUCAAACGAGGUUGUGACGUCACACGUCUUCCUGUCUCCACCCGUUGGCAGCCAUGAUGCAGGAAGGACUGGACGACGGACCAGACUUCCUCUCCGAAGAGGAUCGAGGACCCAGGGCGGUCAGUGUGGACCUCCAGACGGAUGCAACGCUUCAGGUGGACAUCUCAGACGCCCUCAGCGAGCGAGACAAGGUCAAGUUCACCGUGCACACCAAGAGCACGCUUCCGAACUUCAAGCAGAACGAGUUCUCGGUGGUCCGUCAACAUGAGGAGUUCAUCUGGCUGCACGACUCGUUCGUGGAGAACGAAGACUACGCCGGAUACAUCAUCCCGCCCGCGCCGCCCAGACCAGACUUUGACGCCUCCAGAGAGAAGCUGCAGAAGUUGGGUGAGGGCGAGGGCUCUAUGACCAAGGAGGAGUUCACCAAGAUGAAGCAGGAACUAGAAGCAGAGUACCUGGCCAUCUUCAAGAAGACGGUCGCCAUGCACGAGGUCUUCCUGUGUCGCGUGGCAGCGCAUCCUGUUCUCAGGAAGGACCUCAACUUCCACGUCUUCCUGGAGUACAACCAGGACCUGAGCGUGCGAGGGAAGAACAAGAAGGAGAAGUUGGAGGACUUCUUCAAGAAUGUGGUCAAGUCAGCCGACGGAGUCCUGGUAGCGGGCGUCAAGGACGUUGACGACUUUUUCGAGCACGAAAAGACUUUUUUGUUAGAGUAUCACAACAGAGUCAAAGACGCCUCGGCCAAGUCAGACAGGAUGAUCCGCUCGCACAAGAACGCCGCCGACGACAUCAACAGAAUGGCGUCGACUCUGUACGUGUUAGGAACGCAGGAUUCGACCGAUCUGUGCAAGUUCUUCCUCAAAGUGUCCGAGCUCUUUGAAAAAACGAGGAAAAUCGAAGCUCGCGUGGCCGCUGAUGAGGACUUGAAGCUGGCCGACUUGCUAAAAUAUUACCUGAGGGAGUCACAGGCUGCCAAGGACCUCCUUUACCGUCGCAGUCGGGCGCUGCUGGACUACGAGAACGCCAACAAGGCUUUGGACAAGGCUCGCGCCAAGAACCGCGACGUCCUCCAGGCAGACACCUGCCAGCAACUUUGCUGCCGCAAGUUUGACAAGAUCUCAGAGUCAGCAAAACAAGAACUCAUCGACUUCAAGACGAGGCGAGUGGCAGCGUUUCGGAAAAACCUGGUGGAGCUAGCCGAACUGGAGCUCAAACACGCUAAGGGGAACCUGCAGUUGUUGCAGAGCUGUCUGGGUGUCCUGAGAGGAAACACUUAACCACGCUUCCCUUGUCAAAGCCACGCCCACUCUAUACCAUGUGGGAGGGGCUUGUGUGGUAGGGUUUGCCUGUCAGGUGGACUGCACAACAACAAUAGGAAGGCUUAUAAACAAUUAAACGGGAAGUCUGUUCUUUUCAUCACUAAUUAGCGUUGCACCGAUACUAGUAUUAGUAUCUACAGCACUAAAAUGAUGUCAUCGGUAUCGGAGAGGACAAAUGAAUAACGUGCCGAUGCUGUGCAUUAUGUACUUAUCGGGAUUUUGUUUCCAACUGCUGGUCGCCCUGUCCAGUAUGGCCGCCAGAUGAUACAUGUCCAAUUGUGUGUAGGCGUUUGUUCUCUGCCAACCCUCCCACUUCAAAUGGAUUGGACAUCUAGCCCCGUCAAUGGUACACAAUGAGUAAAUAGCAGAUGCUUUGACAUUGAUAAAAUUGAUCUUUUAAAAAUUGGUUUGUUUGAUUUGUCAAUUUUUAAAUGUUGUUUAAGAUGUCAAAACAUAAAUGUUGCCCCUACCAACAUGGCCGCCACCCUGAGGCCAUGUUAGUAGGGGUGAUGAAAGCUCUUUUUGUGCUUGUGCUGUGAAUUUAAACAAGUCUUAAAAUCACACAUAGACGUUCAAUCCAUUUGGAACAGGAGGGUUGCCAGCGAAUGAACAAACGUUCAUGCCUCUGUCAAUGGCAGACAAUGAGUUGAUCAGUGUCUGACCAAGCCAUGCUAGCAAUGACUUCACAGUCAAGCGAGUAUGCAGUAAUUUCGUAUUUAAAGAAAAAAAAAAGGUAUAUUUUAAAAAAAUGUAUUCGGUUGAGUACCAGUAUCAACCGAUACCACACAGCCGCGUGUUGAAAAUAGUAUCGGUGCAACACUACUAACCAUACGCUGUCCUCUUUGUCAACACGCGCACAAAUUGUUAUCGGAUCAGAUCAUGUCGGUCUCAAUCUGGGUCAUCUGUCGGUUUUGCUCCAGUAUGGGCCGAUCUAGAUCAGUCCUAAUCGGUCCGUGCCAGGUCCUAAAUUAAUCUAAGCCAGAUCCUGGAUCAAUCUGAUGCCUUCAGAGUCACUUUUCACCAGUCUGGUUCCGUCCAGUCUCGUUGAGGAGAGCCACUGUUGCACACUGUUUCCUGUUAUCGUAAACUGGCUUUUACUUUGCCGCGUCCUAAGUAUUAGAGCCACACAAAGAAUGAAGAAAAAAAUAGGCCUUAUAGAAUAGUAAUAUUAGUAUUACGACUUUAAUCUUGUAAUAAUACAAGAAUCAACUCAUGUUUUGUAAUAUUAUGAGAUCGUAAUAUUGCGGGAAAAGUCAUGAGAUUAAAGUGGUAUUACGAAACUAUACAACUUUUUUCAUUUGUUGGAAUAUUACAAGAAAAAAGUCAUUACGAGAAAAAAUUGUAAUGACGAGAAGUUGUAAUACUAUAAUACGGGGGAAAAAAUACUCUAAUUUUACAAGAUAAAAGUUGUGAUGUUAUGACAAUACGUAGCAUUACGGUUUUUUUCAUAUUACAUUAAAGUACGUCACGUUACUUUUUUUCUUGUAACACUACAACUUUACUCUCGUAAUAUUACAACUAAUCUAUGUAAAAUUUUAACUUUUUGUCAUUUUAGUAACGUCAUGACUUUUUUCUUGCAAUAUUAACGACGUAAGAGUAUUCCUGUAAUAUUACGACUUUAUUCUCGUAAUAUUCUACCUUGACUAUUUUUGUUCUUUCUUUGUGUGGUGCAAAUACUCAACCGCAAGUGUGGGUCCUGUUCUUACUCAAAGAAAUGAAAGCCUUGAUCAGGUUUGUAUUCCGGUAAAAUACAGUACAGUAGUCGACUGAUGUCUGCUUCCGGUCGUCUCGCUAAUUUUCCUCUCUUAAUCGUAGCUCCUUUCAGGUUUUUGUUUGUGGGAGGAGCUUAAGUGUGUUUGCCUUAAUGUCACUUUUGUUUAUUUUGGUUCUCUUUUUAUUUGCAUAUUACUGUAAAACGAAUGUUUUUCACUCAACGUGACCAAAGCUUCAGUAUCAUCUAAGAUGGCGAUAGAGUACAGAAAAAAAAAUAAAGGCGCCAGUUCAAUCAACGAGCUGUUUUUUUGUUUCACAAUAAAACUUU